AUGGGCAUGUCUAUUUCCAAGCUGCUCUCCGGCCUUUUCGGCAAGAAGGAAAUGCGAAUUCUCAUGGUCGGACUCGAUGCCGCCGGUAAGACCACUAUUCUCUACAAGCUCAAGCUUGGUGAGAUUGUCACCACUAUCCCCACCAUCGGCUUCAACGUCGAGACUGUCGAGUACAAGAACAUUUCCUUCACUGUAUGGGACGUUGGAGGACAGGACAAGAUCCGACCUCUCUGGAGGCACUACUUCCAGAACACGCACGGUAUCAUCUUCGUCGUCGACUCGAACGACCGAGAGCGAGUUUCCGAAGCGCGCGAGGAGUUGCAGCGCAUGCUCAACGAGGAUGAGCUCCGCGAUGCUUUGCUGCUCGUUUUCGCUAACAAGCAGGAUUUGCCCAACGCCAUGAACGCCGCCGAGAUUACCGACAAGCUCGGCUUGCACAGCUUGAGACAACGACAAUGGUUCAUCCAGGCCACGUGUGCCACCAGCGGUGACGGUCUCUACGAGGGUCUCGAGUGGUUGAGCACCAACCUGAAGCGACGAGCUUAA